AAAAAAUAAGGAAACAAAACUUCAAUCUUCAACAUUCUUUUAAAUUUUUGAAUUUUUUUCCAUAAUUAUAACUCUUUUAAACCUCUUUCUAUAUAAUAAUAUUAUUUGCUUUUACAUUUCUUCAUCAAAGUAUCAAACUUUGUCUUUCUCUCUUUUUAUUUUCACAUUCUCUGCACAUAUUUCUUCAAAAUCCUCAUCUGGGUAAUCAUUUUUUUGUAGAUUUAUGAUGAAAAGUUCAUGUUUUUGAUUAAGUCAAUCUCAAACAUUGAUAAAAAAAACUCAUCUUUUUUGUGUUUCUUAGUUAAAUUUAAGAAUCUGAAAAAUGGGUUGUUUUCUAAGUAAAGACAAAGAUUCAGAACCAGAACAUCACAAUGGUUAUAGAUAUGCUGAAUCUUCUGGUCUUAGGAACAACCAUGAUCAACAAGUCAACCAAUCAAGAACACCACCACCUAGUACUUCAUCUUAUCAACCUCAAAUACCAUUGAAACCUUCAUCAAAUUCAGCUCCAAGUCCAAAACCUGUUAUAAAACAAGACACAAACACAAUCCUAGGAAAAAGUUUUGAAGAUGUGAAACAAUUCUACACACUUGGUAAAGAAUUGGGUAGAGGUCAAUUUGGAGUAACAUAUCUAUGUACUGAAAAUUCAACAAAAUUGCUUUAUGCUUGUAAAUCAAUUUCAAAGAGGAAACUUGUGAGUAAAUCUGAUAGAGAAGAUAUAAAAAGAGAAAUUCAGAUUAUGCAACAUUUAAGUGGUCAACCAAAUAUAGUUGAAUUUAAAGGAGCUUAUGAAGAUAGAAAUUCAGUUCAUGUUGUUAUGGAACUUUGUGCUGGUGGUGAACUUUUUGAUAGGAUUAUUGCUAAAGGACAUUAUAGUGAAAAAGCAGCUGCUUCUAUAUGUAGACAGAUUGUUAAUGUUGUUCAUAUUUGUCAUUUUAUGGGUGUUAUGCAUAGGGAUCUCAAGCCAGAGAAUUUCUUGUUGUCUAGUAAAGAUGAAAAUGCACUUCUUAAAGCAACUGAUUUUGGUUUGUCUGUUUUUAUUGAAGAAGGAAAGGUGUACCGUGAUAUAGUUGGAAGUGCUUAUUAUGUUGCCCCAGAAGUUCUUCGUCGCAGAUGCGGAAAAGAAAUCGAUAUAUGGAGUGCAGGAGUAAUAUUAUAUAUCUUACUUAGUGGUGUCCCUCCAUUUUGGGCUGAGACUGAAAAGGGAAUAUUUGAUGCCAUAUUGGAAGGUCAUAUUGAUUUUGACAGUGAUCCAUGGCCUAAAAUAUCGGACAGCGCCAAGGAUCUUGUUCGUAAAAUGCUUAUACAGGAUCCGAAGAAACGCAUUACUUCCGCACAGGUUCUAGAGCAUCCAUGGAUUAAAGGUGGAAAUGCUUCUGAUAAGCCAAUAGACAGCGCUGUUCUUUCUAGAAUGAAGCAAUUUAGAGCUAUGAAUAAACUUAAGAAACUUGCAUUGAAGGUCAUUGCUGAGAAUAUGUCUGAAGAAGAGAUCCGAGGUUUGAAGGCGAUGUUUACAAAUAUGGACACAGACAACAGUGGUACAAUUACCUAUGAAGAACUAAAAGCAGGAUUGCAAAGACUUGGCUCAAAGCUAUCAGAGGCUGAAGUUAAACAACUUAUGGAAGCUGCUGAUGUAGAUGGAAAUGGCACAAUUGAUUGCAUUGAAUUCAUGACUGCUACAAUGCAUAGACACAAGUUAGAAAGAGAUGACCAUCUUUACAAGGCCUUCCAAUAUUUCGAUAAAGACAGCAGUGGGUUUAUUACAAGAGAUGAACUGGAAACUGCCAUGAAAGAAUAUGGUAUGGGAGAUGAUGCCACAAUCAAAGAAAUUAUAUCCGAAGUCGAUACAAUUAUAUCUGAAGUGGACACAGAUCACGAUGGUAGAAUCAACUAUGAAGAAUUCUGUGCAAUGAUGAGGAGUGGAAACCAACAAGUUAAGCUAUUCUAAAAUGCUUCUGAAAAGUACUUCUAAAAUAUCAUAUCUUUCAUAGGCAUGUAAAGUUUUUGAUUUUGGAAUUAUUUUUGAGUUAUUGUGUUUCCACAUCACUGUUAGUGAUCAACUCUCUUGGUUAUUUUUUUGUUUCACCAUAGACGUUUUAUUUUUGAGUCCUCUUCAAAUUUGUCUUGGACAUCAAUUAUAAAGUCACAUAGCAAAUUCGAUACUUCAAUAAAGUUAGACAUGUUUUUGCACUUGAAA